GUCAGAAGAAAAGUGGUCCUGAUCUGUGGUACCUGCUGCAGGAAGGGACAGGACAAGAAAGCACCAUGUCUUCAGUCUCAGCUUACUACAAUGGAAAGACCGUACUUAUUACAGGAGCUACAGGUUUCAUGGGCAAAGUACUGGUGGAAAAACUCCUGCGCUCCAGCCCUGAAGUGAAAGCAGUUUAUAUUCUUGUCAGGCCAAAGGCUGGACAGUCAAUGCAAGAGAGAGUGGCCAACAUGUUGAAAUGUAAGGUCUUUGACAGGGUCCGAGAAGAUUGGCCUAAUUUCCACGAGAAGAUUAAGCCUAUUAAUGCAGAACUCACUCAGCCCAAGCUGGCCAUCAGUGCUGAAGACGAGGAGGAGCUUCUGACCCGGGUCAAUGUUGUGUUCCACUGUGCAGCCACAGUUCGCUUUGACGAGCCCCUCAAACAUGCCCUGCAGCUGAACGUGAUGGGCACGCAGCGGCUCCUCGAGCUGGCCCGGCAGAUGAGGAACCUGGAGGCCUUCAUCCACAUCUCCACUGCCUAUGCAAACUGCGUGCGGAAAUGCAUCGAGGAGAUCAUCUACCCGCCCCCAGCCGAGCCCCAGAAGCUCUUCGACUUAGUGGAGUGGUUGGAUGAAUCCAUCAUUCAAGACAUCACACCCAAGCUGCUUGGGGAGUGGCCCAACACUUACACCUACACCAAAGCCUUGUCAGAGUACCUGAUUCAGCAAGAGAAGGGAAACUUGAACAUUGCCAUCAUCAGGCCAUCCAUCGUGGGAGCCAGCUGGCAUGAGCCUUUCCCAGGUUGGAUUGACAACUUCAAUGGGACCAGUGGAAUAUUUAUUGCGGCAGGCAAAGGCAUCCUGCGGACCGUCAUCGCCAACAACGAAGCGGUGGCAGACAUGAUUCCCGUCGACGUCGCCAUCAACCUGACCCUGGCAGCCGGCUGGUACACGGCUGUGCACAGACCAAAAAACCUGUUGGUGUACAACUGCACAACAGGGGGAAUCAACCCUUUCUUCUGGGGAGAAAUGGGGCAGUACGUCAUGUCCACGUUCAAAAGGAACCCCCUGGAGCAGGCCUUCCGAACACCCAACGCUCACAUGACCUCCAGCUACUUGAUAAACCAGUACUGGAUCACUGUCAGCCACAAGGCACCAGCCAUCCUCUACGACCUCUACAUGAGGCUCACGGGGAGAAAGCCCAGAAUGAUGAAGAUCAUCAAUCGGCUUCACAAGUCUAUGACACUCCUGCAGUAUUUCUCCACCCAGUCCUGGAACUGGUCUUCAGAUAAUAUGAAUAUGUUAAUGAGUCACCUUAACACAGAGGACAAAAAGUUAUACAACUUUGAUGUUCGCCAGCUGCACUGGUCAGAGUACAUCGAGAGCUACUGCAUAGGUGCUAAGAAGUACUUACUAAAUGAGGACAUGGCUGGCAUUCCAGCAGCAAAGCAGCAUCUACGCAAGCUGAGGAACAUCCGAUACGCGUUCAACACCACCCUCCUCGUGAUCAUCUGGCGCAUCUUCAUCGCGAGGUCGCAGAUGGCUCGAAACAUCUGGUACUUUGUGGUGAGCCUCUGCUACAAGUUCCUGUCCUACUUCAGGGCAUCCAGCACCCUCAGGCACUGAAGCCAUCCAUCAGAAACCAGCCUUUUCCAGAAGGACCUCCAUCUCCUCUACUCAGCAACUGUGGGCAUCGGGGUCUGAAAGUAGCAGAAAAAUCCACUCCCUCCAACAGCAGCUGGCAUUUAUUGUACACUGUUACAUGCUCACCUUUUUAAUUUUAACUAAUGCUUUCAUACAUGGUGGUCUUUCUUCCAUAGGACCAGGCCAAUUUUUAAAGCCAUAACUGAAGCUUUAGGAACAGGUCAAGCUGGGACCCCUCAUCUAGUGUCUGAUGUGCAAGAGUAAGGAUUAACCAAAGUCAUUGUCUUUCCAUGUACUACUCCCUAGGCUAUCUUAAUCCCACCUUCUUCCUCAAAGGAAGCAAAUUUAAAGCAUGACCUUGGAAGACAAGGAUGCCACCAGAGAAGACCCAGCCAAGGAAAUUAACCUGUAAGAGGUCUUCCUAAAGCAGCUGCUUCUUCAUUCUCAUUUACUGAAAUGGUACCUUAUUGAAAAAACAUUGCACCUUCUCAGUUUUUCUAAACUUAGGAGGAGGAAAGAUCAGUCACACAAGGCCAGUGAACACAAGGAAUAGUUGUCAUUUCUUGUCUUGUAUUGCUGUUGAGGACUGAUGCUUUCAGGCCAUACCUGAAGACACACAUAGAAUUCAUGCACCUGUGAUAACUCUGCUCACUCACAAGCUGCUUUCUUACAGAGAGGUCUUCUUUUCUCCCUAUGGUUAAGGUUUCAGUCUAUUAAAAAAUUCCUGGUCUUGCAUUUAUCACAUUUGCUUGAAACAUUUUUGGGGUCUUGAAAAAUGCUGUAUUAAUUCUUGAGAAUGAAGAUAAGGCUUCAUAAAAAUCGGAAGAAAAACACAGAAACCCAUCAUUAUUUUUGAAGUAUAGGUCUUUUUUUUCCUGCAGGAAAUCUUUCUCCUUGUAGCUCAAAACGAGCCUGAUACUGGGCUUUCAUUACAGCUAAGUCACUUUGCAGUUGAUCAUUUCCACCGGCAAAGAAAGUGUAAAGACACACAUGGAGGAAACAUCACUGGGCUUGUUCUGCUGCCACUCUUGUCAGGAGGAAUUAAAAAGUCUGAAACUUGUUUUUCUUGAGAAUAGGUUAAAUGUUGAAUUUAAUGAUCUUAAAGGUCUUUUCUGACCUAAGCAGCUCUGUGAUUCUUUGACUUCUCUGUAAGAACAGUCAUGCAGCUGUGAAGGUAACAUACUUUGUCCUGCAGCUUAGAAUUUUCAGAACUUGAUUUUUCAGAGUUUUAGAAUUACAUUGCAAUUUAGAAAGGAAGACAAGGACCUUCCCAAUGCUCAUACCUGGUUGGAGGUCCUUGUUUCUUGUAGUGAAUUGUAAGUUCCUGUGGUGGCAUAGAGAGAGAGAGCCUUCUUGAACAUAGCUGGUGCAACAACGGCUACAAAUUUGCUGCAUUGUCAGAUUUUCAGAGUCAAAUCUUACACCUAAAUAUUUUUUAUUCAGAUAACACUGAACACCCACUUUUAAGAUGAUCAGUCUUCAAUGCAGCACUCAGUUUCUCUAGUCUUGUGUCAUGCCAGCUGUCUGAAAAAGUAAUGAUAAACAAAAACACAACAAAGUGACACAGGAGUGACACUUUCGGGAGCUGAGAAGAGCAGAGAAUUUACAAACCUGGCAUUCCUCAAAAAUUAUACUUGGCUUUGGUUUCGGUAGUGAAUGUAAGAGCAAAUUAUGACAGUGUAUAUCUGAGCACUUCAAGCUGGUUCAGAAAUCUUUCUAAAGGUUCAAGGAAUUAAUCUUACCCCGUAUGCCCCAGAGGUCUGGUUCCAAGUGAUUGCCAAAGGAUGCCUGCAGCAGAACCUGACCAGGAAUGUCCCCAGGAUGGCAGGGCUCUGUGUUUGUCACAAACUGCUUUUGAUCUGUGCUUAAAUACAUCAAGCACCCAGUUUACAAAGAUGCAAAUUUCUGAAGCUCUUGCCUUGGAAAUGUGCUUUCUGUAGUGAAACUGGUUGUUGGGUGUGUGUUUUCCAGCUUCAGUGCAUGCUGUGCAAAGUGUCAGCAUGUGAGAAACCUGGAGCUGUGAGUUUAGGGGCUGGGGGCCAACAUUCCCUGCUCAGUGCUGCCACAGCAGUAUUUUGGUGAAGGUUGUGCCAUUGUACUUUGCUGCCUUGCUGGGGCUGAGGCAGGUUGCUGCAGGGAUUCCUCCAGGAAGAGUGUAUUUCCUCAGUUACAUAAUUGGGUCAUCAGGCAGCUUGCAGUCCUCAUAGGAAAGGCUAAAAAAAAAGCAAACCAAAACUGUAGAUCACUUUGAAACAAACUGGCACUCAAACAUUAGGAAAUAAUUUCAACACUUACCUUGAAAGUCUUUUUAAGUGCCUGCCUUAUGGACAAAGAGAAGCAACAGUAGGGAUCAUAAGUCUUGGGUUUUGCAUAUGACAGACAAAAGCUUGAGUCCAGAAAAGUCAAAGGUGCAGAGCUGCUACACCGACAUCAGUCAGCUCUCCUGAGAGUAAUGUCCCACCUUUUCUUCCCCUUUCCUACUCAUGCCAGGAAUUCCUCACAAUAUGCCUGCAGGCAUUCACAGUUGUGUGCACAGGCUGUAUUGUUCCCACAAGUCUGAGGUGUAUUUUUUGCUCCCCUGAACAUAUUCAGACCUGGUUUUCUGAACACACAGAAAGGUUCUGUACUCAGAACCGUAGUGGUGUGACAUUUUAAGGCUAAUCAGCAUUUUGCUGAAGGAAACAGCCACAGAAAAACUACUCAGCCCCAAAAAACCAGCAGUUGUUUGAGUUGGGAAAACAGAGCUGUUGCAGAUGCUGUCUGCUCUUCUGGAGACCUUGAACAGCCCACACAGCAUUGCCAGCAGCUGGCUCCAGAGCUCUGGCCUUGCCUGGGGCGGAUCAAACUGUUAGCUUGUCUUAAAACACAUGUAACAUGCAGGGCAGCUUGAAUCUUUAAUACAUCUUCUUGUGGCUUGAGGUGUUUCCAGCUGAUUGUCUGAAACACAGACAUAUUUCAGAAAGUCUCGUGCUGGGGCUGAUGUGUGGCAGUGGCCCUUGAGUGCCAGUUGUGACUGUCAUCAUGAGGAGCUGGGCAUAAGAACUUGUUCUCACCUCAAGCAGGGGCUGAUGUUCAGUAGUUUACUUUGUGCUCCUUUGUUUGUGCUCUGAAGAAGCCCAAGCCUUGGGGAAAAUAUCUGAAUGAAAACACUUGAGUAUCAUUUCACCAUCAGCAGUGGGCAGAAGCUUGUAAUUCACAAGUAUCUUCUUUUAAUUAAAAAGUGAUAAAUAAACAAACCAACCACAACAAUUUCCUACAAUUAAUCUAUGUUUUAACUGCCUAUUGAAUGACAACCACAGCUGUUUAUCAUCAACAUGUCUGUUACUAAAAAAAUUAAAUUUCUUACCCCUCCACCCUCCUCUGUUCCUUGUUAAGAAACAGUUCUUCCACAGUAGGGAGGGAGGGGUAACUAGACCCACUGAUAAAUCACAGGUUGUUGGCCCAUUACCCACCUCCUGCAGAAAUGUGUUCUUUUACAUUUUCUGAGGAAGCAUGAGUACAUCUGCCUGUGUGUACAGCUGCAUCUUCCAGCACCAGACAACAGAUGUGGUAAAAGCAGUGGAGCUCAUCCUGAAGUGCCAGGCUGUGCUUUUUUGGUGUGCCCUGUUCCACUUCAGUUCACGAGAAAGCAAUUAAAACAUACCCUCAUUUCCAGUGUAAAGGGAACCUAACCUGUAGCUGUUUUAUCGAGUCAUUAUCACAAAUAAGCAACUGGGAAAAGAGGGAGGGGGGCAUCCUUUUGUUUGUAAAUAAGCUACAGCUUCAUGGUUGAAAGCAUGCUGUUGCUCUUCCAGCAUUGACGUUCUACCGCUGAAAACAAGGAUAAACUUUCAGUACAAUUUUAGUACAAUUGGACCCCUUAUUCUAGCACAGAGCAAAUAACAUUCCCCAGAAGGUAAGUGGUGAAUACCCCAUUACAUGGUGCUAAAUAUUGGUAUGAAGGUGAUACAGAUUUACAUAAAGAGAAUUAAAAUCCAAAAAAUAAAACUUAUUUGGGGAAUAAUUAAAGAUGUAUUAUCCUACUUUUCUCUAUUGCUUAAAAGCCAAGUAUGAAUUGUUUUUUCAGAUGAACAUAAAGCCACUUACAAAAGGUUUCUUGUCCUUACAUGGUCUUGGCAGACCCUAGUUUGUAGUAAAAUAUGUACUUUCCCACUGUCCAGAGUUUCUACGGUUCUAUCUGCUAUUUCUAUCCUCUUGUUAGCUAUGAGACAACUUCCUGUUAUAAAUCUUAAUUACAGAGUUUCUAAUGUUAAGGCAUAACCUUUUGAGCUCUCAAAUCAGAUAAAAUUAUCAAACUACAAAUUACGUGAACCUCAGCCAUAAAAUUGUUAAUAUGAUGUUUAUGUUAUUUGAAACAUUUA